UUUACAGCACUGGCAAAUCGCCGGUAAACUCGUGUGGCUCUCAUUUGUUUUGAUUUCUCGGUUACAUAUUACUAGACUAAUUAGAAUUUGAUAUGAAUUUUUCACUGAAUUUCACAACGAGAAGUCUGGUGCCACGACUGCACCGAUUCACCAGCAAGAUUGCCGUGGAUGUGGAGCCAGCUGUGAUCUCUGCCCUGGAACAAGCCACCCUAAAGCCCAGGAAACAUCCAGGAGUAGUGAGGCCCAAUCAUGUGGAGCUGCCAAAACAUUUGAAUGAUACUCUAAAGCGCAUCGUGGGGGAUCAUCCCGUUAAGAAACUAAUCCAUGAUGGUCAGCAGCUUAAUGCCUACAUCAAAUCCCGUCAUCCGCCGCCCACGCAGGAUGAGAUUGAGAACAAGAAACGAAUCAUUAUCGACGAGGUCAAUGCGAAGAUGCCUCUGGAUCGCCUAGCUAAUCUCGACGAAGACGAGGCGGAGCGCUGGAGGCGCAAGCGGGAUCUGGAGAUCAACAAGAGGCUGAGCCAGCGUAUCUACGCCUGGAAGCGGAUCGAAUAUGGUGCAUACGAGUCUCUGGUGUACGCCAUAGCUCGUGGUGCCCAGGAGUACGCCGUGUUGAAGCGCGUCCUCACGGAGCUGGCGCAGCGGGAUGAAGAGUUUCGGCCGCGCAGCUACUUUGACUUCGGAUCCGGCAUUGGAACUGGCAUGUGGGUGGCCAGCGAACUGUGGCGCGAACACAUUUUCGAGUACUACAACGUGGACAGGUCCAGGGAGAUGAACGAGAUAUCUGAUCUCAUACUGCGCGAUGGCCAUGAGAACAAGCAAAUAGCCCUGCGCAAUGUAUUCUAUCGACAGUUCCUUCCCGGCAUCGAAACCAAUUAUGAUCUGGUAAUUAUUUCUCACACGCUUUUUGAGUUGGAGAACAAAGAGCAGCGGGAGGAUGUUCUGCGGAAUCUGUGGCGGAAGUGCGAUGGCUACAUGGUCAUUGUGGAGGAGGGAACGCGUCGUGGCAGCGAGUUAGUCAACGAGGCUAGGCAAUUUUUGUUGGAACAGGAACAGGAAGGUCACACAGUGGCACCGUGUCCACAUGACAUGGUCUGCCCACGACUUCGAGAUCUGGCUGAUCGCACGCCCUGCAAUUUUCCCAUCUCCUAUGCUCCCCUGCGUUUGGGUAGCGACUCAUUGGCGGACCGCCACACCUCCCUCUACAGUUAUGCCAUCCUGAAGAAGGAUUCCCAAACCGAUAGCUCUAGCUCCUGGCCGCGCAUUGUGCGUCCGACCUUGGUGAGGUCGAAGCAUGCCAUCUGUCGGCUCUGCACAGAAGAGGGCAAUCUCCAAGAGGUCAUCUUCACGAAGUCCAAGCACGGAAAGUCUGCCUAUUCCUGUGCAAAAGUGAGUAGGUGGGGUGAUCGAUUACCUAUGUCGCUGGGACAGCCGCAAAUCAAACCGGAAUCAAAAGAAUCAGAGGAACCACCUGUUUUGGCGUAGCUUAAGAUGUUAAAUCAAUAUGUUAGGCAUAAAGUCACGACCUGAAGCUAAUUGAUACUAAAACUGGCAUCCAAUUAGUUGACUUAAUUAUGUGCAAACAAAUCGUUGCGGGUGGAGCUGAAUUUAAUUAAACAGUUGCAUUUGAAUUAACCAUACAAUCCAAAUGGCCGGGCGGCAUGCUCAUUGAUACUAAAUUUUGUUGAACGGCCAACACACCCUCACCUAGAUUUUAAUGUAUGGCAAAACAAAAGGCAGAUGCGACUGCGGAUGGGUUGGCCCCGCCGUUUUGGAUCGGUUUGUUAUGUAAUGCCAUCUGUAGAUAGGAGUCUUUGGCUGACCAAUGGUCGGCGAUUUGAGCACGCCCAGUGUUCCGAUGUGCUUGUAGGGGAUUUUCGGAACGACUUUAGUGGCCAUACAUACAUAUACUGUCCUUAUUAUGAGUUCAUAGUU